AUGGAUUAUAUAACAUAUGAUGCCUGUGUAAAUGACUGUGUUUUUUAUUGGAAGGAUCAUUCAUCGCUGGUGAAGUGUCAUGUUUGUCAAGAAUCUAGGUAUAAGAAGGUUUUUAAUGAUGAGAAGAAGCUUACAACUGUUGAUCAGAAGACAGUUAGACAUUUUUCGUUGAUUACAAGGAUGAAAAGGUUUUACAGCGAACCAUGGAUCGCGGAGGCAAUGACUUGGCAUUCUAGAGCAAAGUCAGAUAUAAACAUCAUGCGUCAUCCCAUCGAUUCUUCAGCUUGGCAAUGUGCAAAUAGUUUUUCGCCAGAGUUUGCCAAGGAACCAAGGAAUGUUACACUCGGGAUAUCAACUGACGGUUUCAAUCCAAAUGGGUGUUUCGGUCUUGCACACAGUUGUUGGUCGGUGAUUAUAUGUAUUUAUAAUUUGCCUACUUCGUUGUGUAUGAAGCAGGAAUUCUCUUUGUUGUCGUUGCUGGUAUCAGGCCCAAAAGCACCCGGUAAAAAAAUUGAUGUUUAUUUAGAAAUACUGGUAGAUGAGUUGAAUAAGUUAUGGGAUGGUGUACUAGCAUUUGACGCUUUCAGCAAAACUGAAUUUUUGAUGAGAGCACGGUUGUUGUGGGGUAUUCACGACUUUCCAGCGUUAGGGGAUUUAGCGGGAUGUGUAACUCAUGGAUAUUGUGCUUGUCCUACUUGUGGAGAAGGCACUGUUGCUGAUUAUCUGCGAUUUACUAAGAAGAUCUGCUAUAGGGAACACCGAAGAUGGCUACCAUCGAAGCAUAAGUAUCGCGAUGAUAGGAAAAAUUUUGAUGGACGUGAACUUGAAGAUGACGCCAAUGUUGAAGAUGAGGUUAAUGACCAUUCUCUGUUCACCCGAAGAUCUAUUCUCUUUGAUUUUCCAAAUUGGGGAUCAAAUGCGAUUCUCCAUAUUAUAGAUGUCAUGCACACAGAGAAGAAUAUAAUGGAGCAUCUUCUGAAUACUAUGAUGGGAAACAACAAGUCAAAAGAUAGUCCUGCUGCACGUCAAGAUAUGGAAGAUAUGGGGAUAAGAAAGAAGUUGUGGUUGAAAGAGGAUGCUGAGACUGGUAGAACAACAAUGGAAAAAGGAUCAUUUGAGAUGACGAAGAAGGAGAAAAUUGACUUUUGUACAGUUUUGAAGAAUCUGAGGGUGCCUUUCGGUUUCUCUUCAAGUAUUCGCAACUGCGUCAGUGUUAAUCCUCCGGAGCUAAGGAAUUUUAAAUCUCAUGAUUACCAUGUAGUAAUGCAGCAUUUGCUUCCACUGCUGGUUCAUACUGCAACAUCGCUACCUAAAGAGCUACGAGUUUCUCUUCUCCGAAUCAGCAUCUUUUUCAACAUUCUGUGGGAAAAGGUUGUAAACCGAGAACAUCUGCUAAAAGCAAAAGCCAGCCUUGUAGAAGCAAUCUGUGUUCUGGAGAAACAUUUUCCUCCGUCAUUAUUUGUUAUCAGUAUUCACCUAAUGAUUCAUCUAGCAUAUGAAGCUUUAAUCUCCGGUCCGGUGAGAUUCAGGUGGAUGUAUCCCUUUGAGAGGUUAAUGAAAGGUUUCAAAGGGUUGGUGCGCAAUAAAAGGUACAUUGAUGGGUGCAUAGAAAGAGGGUAUACAUAG